AUGGAAGCGGUGCUGCUAGAACACUUCCCCGGAGGCCUGGACACCUUCCCGUCUCCCUACUUCGACGAGGAGGACUUCUUCACGGAUCAGUCCUCUCGGGACCCUCUGGAGGAUGGAGAGGAGUUGUUGGCGGACGAGCAGGCCGAGGUGGAGUUCCUCAGCCACCAGCUGCACGAGUACUGCUACCACGACGGGGCGUGCCUGCUCCUGCAGUCCGCGCCCUCGGGGGCCCAGCACGCGCUCGCCCCGCCGCCCUCUGGGGGCUCGGGGGAGCUGGAGGACGGCGGGGGCUACUGCUGUGAGGCGGGGGCGCCCCUUGGCGGCUUCCCCUACUCGCCAGGCUCCCCGCCCUCGUGCCUGGCCUACCCUUGUGCCGGGGCGGCCGUGCUGUCCCCAGCGGCCAGACUGCGUGGUCUGAGCGGGGCGGCGGCCGCGCGCCGCCGGCGGCGAGUGCGCUCCGAGGCUGAGCUGCAGCAGCUGCGCCAAGCGGCCAACGUGCGCGAGCGGCGGCGCAUGCAGUCCAUCAACGACGCCUUCGAAGGGCUUCGCUCGCACAUCCCCACGCUGCCCUACGAGAAGCGCCUCUCCAAGGUGGACACACUGCGUCUGGCCAUCGGCUACAUCAACUUCCUCAGCGAGCUGGUGCAGGCCGACCUGCCUCUGCGUGGCGGCGGCGCGGGCGGUUGCGGGGGGCCCGGAGGUGGCGGGCGCCUGGGCGGGGAUAGCCCGGGCAGCCAGGCCCAGAAGGUCAUCAUCUGCCAUCGGGGGACACGGUCCCCCUCCCCCAGCGACCCGGAUUAUGGCCUCCCUCCCCUAGCCGGACACUCGCUCUCAUGGACAGAUGAAAAACAGCUCAAAGAACAAAAUAUUAUCCGAACAGCCAAAGUGUGGACCCCAGAGGAUCCCCGAAAACUCAACAGCAAAUCUUCCUUCAACAACAUAGAAAACGAACCGCCCUUUGAGCUUGUGUCUUGAUAAGUCCCGGACUUGGCUAAGGAACUGGUUAUGUGUCUGUGCAUAUUGUACAUGUAAAUAUCUAUAAUGAAAAUGUAAUUUAAGAAACAACUUUUUAAAGGCAAUCAACUGUUAUUUAUCUAUUUAUUAUCCUGGUGAGUUAAUGAAAUAGAUUAUGUGUUUAAAUAUAUAAUUUAUAUAAUUUAUCCUGAUUUUCUAAAAAUAUGCAAUAGUCUAUGGUUCCCACAGCACCUUUGGCAGAACUCUGCUUUGUUGCAAGAACCCUGGCCAGAAAAAUGUCAUGCUAAUUUAUUGUCAGAUAUGAUACUGAGUGUUGUUAAUAAAUGCUAUUUACACGUUUU